GCGCAUGCGUGUUUCGUGUUCCUUUCGCUUCCAGUGGACUGGUCUCAGUCUCUUUGGACGAAACGGUUGGGAAUUCUGAAUUGGCAGGAAAAUGUCUCGACAGACGAACCGAGGUACCGAGAACAAGAAAAUGAACUCGGAGCUUUUCACACUGACCUAUGGAGCUCUGGUCACACAGUUAUGUAAAGAUUAUGAAAAUGAUGAAGAUGUCAAUAAGCAACUGGAUAAAAUGGGAUACAACAUUGGUGUUAGGCUAAUAGAAGACUUUUUAGCACGUUCUAAUGUUGGAAGAUGUCACGAUUUCCGUGAAACUGCAGAUGUUAUUGCAAAGGUUGCAUUUAAAAUGUAUCUGGGUAUAACUCCUAGUGUGACCAACUGGAGCCCAGCAGGAGAUGAGUUUUCAUUGAUCCUGGAAAAUAAUCCUCUUGUGGAUUUUGUGGAAUUGCCUGACAACCACUCCAGUUUGAUCUAUUCGAAUCUGCUGUGUGGAUUGCUGAGAGGAGCAUUGGAAAUGGUUCAAAUGGCCAUCGAUGUGAAGUUUGUCCAAGACACUCUCAAGGGUGACAAUGUGACAGAAAUCCGAAUGAAAUUCCUUAAAAGGAUUGAAGAAAAUCUCCCAGCAGGAGAAGAAUAGCAUUUCAGUCUUUUCCUGGACAGUAAGAAGCUGAAGAUAGUCUGUUAAUGUAGAUUGUUGCAAGGUUACUUUAUUUAAAACAUUUGACUGUUAAAGUGCAGGAAUGGAAAACAAUUUAUAGUCAUGAAUGGACCCCUUUGACUGAAGUUCAAUACCUCUGCACUUUCACUUAUUUGAGCUCUGAGUUUGUGGUUUUUUUUUGUUCUGUAAUUAUUUGCAUCUCUUCUAAUUAUCACAAUCAUUUGACCAUCAAUUAUUUUUUUCCUUAUGGCCCUCUGUAUUUAUCAUCUAAAAGCUAGUGUUGGGUGCCUUCUCUCCUCUCACUCCUCUGCUUUCUUUCCAGCGGUUGUUACCGUCAAAGCUGCUCUGAGUGGCUGAGCAGUCACAUCACUGAUGUAAUUCUGAUGAGGAUCAUUUAGUUUGUGUGUUUUAGUACAUUAACUUCAUUGGCACUGAAGUCAUGCUUGUAUGGCACUUAAUGUACUGUAGGAAAACUUACGAAAUGGGGAAGAUCGAAAUUACUGUAUAUGUAUUACAAAUACUCAAGUACCUGCUAAAACAAAAAGCUGUCGUUUCUGGCAGUUUUGGACAAAACCACUGAGAUGUUCAUUUUUUUUUCAACGUUUUCAGACGGCUAAUGCAAUGAUUGAUAAGCUGCCUGCAUCCUUAUAAUUUGAUUCUAUUUGUGCACAAUUACUUACAAUUGAUUUUGGUCCGUACGCUUCAGUAUAAGUCUUCCUUCGAGCUGUUUCUGUGGACUGUGCAAUGAAUUGCUUUUGUGGUAUUACUCCAGAGAGCAAGCAUUAGAGAUGGCUUCACCUCGUCUUUCCAGAAAUGGGUCAUGAAUUCCAGUGCAUUCUUGUGAUUUGAUCUUGAUGGGAUUGUAAUGAAGUCACAAAAUUAUACUUCUAAGAACUAGCUGCAGAUUUGUAGGUGUUACAUACGACUGAUUCAACAUUGUUCUGAAGAGCUACAGUGAAAUUGUAGGUGGGCAGACUUGAAAAUAUCUACUGCUUUGUUUUUAACCAUUUGAAUUGGUUAUGUUAGCAUUCCAACUAAUAGAUGCUUGAUGGGUUCUCAUUUUCAUCUACUUCCUAGUACUACAUCUGUAAGCUUUGUUUUUACUUGCACUAUUGGAGUCCUGAAAAGGCUUAAAUGCAUUGCUACAGCUUUAGUUUUAUUUUGAUGUAUUUAACUUGGAUUUUUUUUUUUGUUUCUCCUGACUUUGCUCAUCUGGAACAUUUACAAUAUAGUUUUCUGUACACAUUGGAAAAUAACGCUGAUAUCCUAAUCCGCCCUCAGUGUUUCUAACUAAGAAUCUCAUUUUCCAGCAGCUCUCUUGUCAGUAUGACAGUGUUGAUUCUGGUAUUUUCUGAUGAAAAACAUAUGUAUGUUUACUUAUUCCUUGUAGUAAUCCAUGACUGCUGCACCAACAAUAGAUGUUUGGCAGUACUGAUUUUUUUUUAACGAAAGCACAUUAAAGGUUCUCUAAAGGAGGAAAAAGAAGAUGUAUUCUAUUUUCAAGAGAAAAGUCAAUCCUUUCCACUCCAGAAAUUAUUCUGCUUAAUAGCUAAACAUCCAGUUUAUGCCUCCUUUCAACUGCAGCUUUGCCUGAAUGUUAGUUUGAUGUGCUGAGGACUCGAGAGCUGUAGGGAAGAUAUAGAUAUGAUUUGGUAACAGUAACUGACACACAUAUGGUGUUUGUUUCUUGUUGCAGCCUACUUUUUAUUUUCAAAAUUCCAUUUGUGCUAUUACUUGAAUAAUAUUUUGCACUUGUAAUUUAAAAUGGAAAGAAUGGUCAUCAUGGUUCUUUUCCAUGUCCACACUGAUUUCAUACUGGUUUUAGCUAGGCUUCUCCUGUUUAGUUGCACUGUUGCAGGUUCUGAGUGCGCUGUCAUUGAUCAAAAAAGUUAAGGUAAUUUAUUUACCCUUGGGUAAGAAUGAAGGUUAUGAUUUUAUAUCAGUAGAAAUCUGAAUUCUUCCUUCUCAAAGUGGCUUUAAAGCUGGUAACAAUUCAAAUUAAAAGCAGUGAAAGGUGAGGGUGCCCAUGUAUAGGAGACAUAUCAAUGGAAGUGCUCACAUGAGUUUCAAAUAUAGAAAAUUUAUGGAUUGCACUAUUAUAAGAUAAAGGUUGUAUUAGAGAACCUUGUUUAAAGCCAAAAUUUCCAAGAUGAACUAAACUAAAAAGUAAAAAGUAGCAGUGACCCAGAUGAAAGGCAUAUAUAAUGGAUCAUAAUUUAUUUUUAAUCCAAGAACCCUGCAAAUAUUCAUAAAGCAAACCCACGCAAACUUACUGAUUUGUAUAUUAAAUUAUAAUUUCUGUUUGACACACAAUUUUAUUUUUGAUCACCUCUUAUAUUGAAGACCAAAUCCUAGUUUGUCAUGGAAAUAAAGUCUGGCACCCAAUCAUCUCCUUUUAUAUGGUUUCCUCUUAAUUCCAAUUCCAGGUAUAUUAAAAUUUUAUGUACAGUUUUUGCUUUUGUGUUUAUACUUAAGGAGAAAAGGAAAAUUGUUAUGGUGAGCUUGCAGUAAAAACCCUUGGCACUUGCUUCAGUUGUAUAGGAGCAAAGUAAGGGUAGUCAUAGACUCAGAAAAGUACAGCACAGAAACAGGCCAGCCAAGAAUCUGCACUGAGAAAAUUGUCAUGCUCAGAUCAUCCUGUUUACACAAGAUGCAAACAAUUACAGGUGACCUUGGUGUCAUGAUGUUCAGUUAACAGGAAUCCACUUUUACAAAAGUCAAAAAUAGCUUUUCAAAUCGGAGAAGUGGAAUAAAAUUAAUUCAUAGAAUUUAUGUGGGUUUAGGGUGGGGAAAGAAAAAAAUAAACACUUUUUUUCCAGUCAUGUUCAUUGCAUGCAUAGUGAUGCAGUUCCAUGUUGUGAAAAAUUUCAAUAGGGACCAUUUUCACAUGAGAGGAUUUUUCUUUCGGCCACUGAAUUUUCCAUCCAUUGGCACCAGAUUAGUAGUCUCUGGGUUGGUGCCUGUGGAAAGAGGUAAAAUUUGGUUUAUAAAGUUGACUCUUUAUUAAAAAAAAGGCUAUGACCCAAUGUAUUUAAAAUCUAUUUUGGCCUGACUCCCUUCCAAGUACAUGUUUUGAGGCUUCUGGGAGGUGAAAUGAGAUGGGAGAAAAGGAAAAUAACUUUGUUGUUUAAAUUGCUUUUGAAAUGUAAUACAAUAGUUGCAAGCCAUGUUCCAAAUUCUAUAGGAGCUGGAUAAAUUUAACUUUUGUUGAAAAUAAGUCUUGCUCCUGCACCAAUUUUCUUGUUCUUCACUGAUUUUGUAUCUCCCCAAAUAAAAAGACCAUAUUAAAACCCAAUGCAACUAUUAAAUUGGAUUUCUGUGCAUUCCAUACUGAGCUAUAAAUUUUUCCAAACAUUUAGGGAAAGUGGAAGUGCUUCCGUUUGGGAAUGUGGAUCAUAUUCAUCCAUCAGUUGAUUGGAAUAAGGAAGGCAAAAGUAAAAGCUAAAUCAUUUCCGAAUAUAAUAGUGGUUUGGGUUAGAGUUAAGAGCUCUAUCACAAUUCUAAUUUUGUAUCUCAGAAAUACAGUCUUUAAUACAGACUUGGCUUUCAUCCUUGUGGAAAACAGAGAACCCAUUCAAAAACAUUCACUUGUCCAUGAAGAUGUUUUAAUUACAAAUUAAGUAGAAGGAACUUCACACAUUCUCCUUGUUUUAACCUGUGGCCAUUUGUGGUAAAUUGUAAAAUUUGAUUUAUAGCGUGACUCAGCCCGCACUAUUUUAUUUGCAGUUGUGAUUGGCAGACACCAGAUGCCUGUCUCCUCUUGAAACAACAAAUGAUGUAAAAUAUUUGUGUUGAUUGACAACUACAGACCCAAGCAGGGGAAGUUAUUUUCCAUGCCUACUACAACUCAAUUUUGAAGAGUUCUGAAGUACCAGAGAAGUGAACCUGGUAGUUCAGUAAACACCAUGUUUAAAUUCUGUGUGGAUGCUGGUUUAUUGCAUCUAUUAUUACAGAUAAGAAAACAUCAUAGCAUAUCACUUUGCAUGUCAGGUGGAAGUUAAAAAUUCUGUAAGCAAAUCUGUAAUUUUCUGUCACUGUUUACCUUCGCAUUUAAUAAAAAACAUUUGUAAUUUAUAGAUAA